CCAAGCCCCGAUUCACAGCCGCAACUGACGCCAUGAGAGGGUAAGCCGACCUACAUAGCCCCCGCUAGCCUCUCCGCAGCAGCUCCCGCCGCAAUAAUCCGCGGCCUUCUUCCACGCUCCCGUCCGUCCAAGAAAGAUGCGGCCGUCAUGGGAGGAUCUCGGCGUCCUCUGCCGCGGCUUCCUGCUCCUGCUCCUCCCUUUCCCGUCCCAUGGCAAGGACAUGCCCCUGGGCUCCACCCUCACGCCGGGCGGCAACUCGGCGGCGUGGGCGUCGCCGAACUCCACCUUCUCCCUCGCCUUCGCGCCGUCCCCGACAUCCCCGUCGCUCUUCGUCGCCUCGGUCACCUACGCCGGCGGCAUCUCCAUCUGGUCCGCGGGCGCCGGCGCGCCCGUAGACUCGGGGGGCUCGCUCCUCCUCUCCUCCACCGGCGACCUGCAGCUGGUCAACGGCUCCGGCGCCGUGCUCUGGUCGUCCGGCACCGCCGGCCGGGGCAUCUCGGCGGCCGCCCUCCAGGAGAGCGGCAGCCUCGUGCUCAAGAACUCCACGGGCGGCGCCGUGUGGCAGUCCUUCGACCACCCGACGGACACCGUGGUCAUGUCCCAGAACUUCGCGUCCGGCGUGAACCUCACCUCCGGCUCCUACGUCUUCGCCGUCGACCGGGCCACCGGCAACCUCACGCUCAGGUGGGCCAACGCCGGCUCCGCCACCGUCACCUACUUUAACAAGGGCUACAACUCCACCUUCACCGCCAACAGGAUGCUCAGCUCCCCGACGCUCACGAUGCAGACCAACGGCAUCGUCUCCCUCACCGACGGCACGCUCAACGCACCCGUCGUCGUCGCCUACAGCAGCAACUACGGCGAGAGCGGCAACAUGCUGCGCUUCGUGCGCCUCGACUCGGACGGCAACUUCCGCGCCUACAACGCCGGGCGCGGCAGCGGCACGGCCACCGAGCAGUGGUCCGCGGUGGCGGACCAGUGCGAGGUGUUCGGCUACUGCGGCAACAUGGGCGUGUGCGGCUACAACGGCACGUCGCCGGUGUGCGGGUGCCCGUCGCAUCAGCAGACGGAGCAGCGGCAGCAGGGGGCGACGGUCUCCGACGCCGUGGCGGAGGAGGCGCCGGGCGGGGGCGUAGGGGGCGCAGAUCCACCCAUCCCAGGACCGGUGGAGGACAGGGGCUGUUUUGAAUAACGAAACGUUUUUUUCCACUUAAGAAAGAACUGCGGGGUGAUUAACUGAAAACGGAGGGACUGUUUCGUAAAAAUGCCACGACGUUACUUUAUUAUUAGGGAGAGAUAUUCUAUUUAAGGUAGCGUAUUACUCCUAGAUUAGAACCUAAUAACUACCGGGCGAUCUUUUAGCAGCCCAUACCGGACAAGCAUACAGCUGACGACCACUCCUUUUCAGGCCCCAUCUCCAGCACCGCCCGGCAAUAUACAACCCGCCGGCCUCGGACGGACCCGCGUGCUCAUUCAUUUCCUGUGCGCCGCUCAACCAACCCCCCCUCAGACCUCAGAGCAGGUGCUGUGAACCUUCCCGCGGAUCCACCUACGUACCCAGGGAAGAACAUGGUUCUCGUCUUUGGAUCGAGGCGGCGGCGGGAGCAGCCAGCGAGAUGCAUGUCUAAGGCGAUGCAGCCGGGAGCAGCCAGCGAGAUGCAUGGCUAAGGCGAUGCAGCCGGGAGCAGCCAGCGAGAUGCAUGGCUAAGGCAAGGUCUGUGGGGGGGCGGUGCAAGCGUUUUGCACGCGGGAGCACAGGAGCUGCCAUGCCCAACUCGUGUUGCUGCCACCGCCACUAGGGUUUGACCCUGGUAUAUAAACGUGCCUCUGCGUCCCCUGCCCUCCUUCCUUCCCUCCCAUACGAACAGCCGCCGCUGCCGAUUCCAUUCCCCAUCGGAGAAGGGACGAGGCGAUCUGCUACCGGAUCAAGGAGACGAGGCGAUCUGCUACGGGAAGGAGUUUCGGCUUUCCUCCCGAGGAUCGCUGAAGAUGAGGCCUGUGGAUGGCGACCUUCAGCUUACAUUUGGGGCUGAUGGGAAUGUGGUGGCCCGUUUUGUCAAGACUCAAAUUCCCGGUAUUUCAAAUAUCAAUGAAACUCCAAAAUUACAUUCUUCGUAUUGGUCUGGUCAAGUAACUUAAUCCCUUACCUUAGGCCUCUGGACCCCCGAGGUUGAAGUCAAGAGGAUUUUCCUGGACUCAGUCAAUGUGAUUUUGAUCAAGCUGAAUGUACCCCAAUAUGAGGAUAUCAACAUAGGCCAGGGCUGUUAUGUCAUGUUAGGUGGUGCUUCAGUGUCAUGGUUUUCUCAGAUGGUCCGUGCGAAACUUAACCUUGGUGAAGAGCUUGUCCUAACCUUUACUUGCAAUGGGAAGGAAAUUGCUGGAGGUUCCACUCUGUCGGAUGUGUACAAGGAGCACAUUUCAGUGGAUGGCUUCUUGGACAUUCAGUGCACUAUUGGGUUUGCCUGAAUCGCUUAGUGGAAGGUUGAAAAGCAAUGUUCAUCUGUGAUAUGCUAUUAUCCCCUUGAAGGCCUUGUCUUAGCUAUUGGUACGAUUAGAGUAAAGUGCAGGUGCAAUCUGUCUCAUUUUGUGAUCAGAUAUUGUCAUUUUGGUAGAACUGUGUAAUGUCUCUAGUUUUGCGAUCACAUCUCGUUUUGCACCAAGACCAUAUUAUGUUACAAUGAUAUACUCGUAUUGAGCAAGUAUGAGUAUUGUUUGAUCGGUCA